GCGUCGUGUUGUGUUAACAGCGAAACAAAAAAUUGCUGUUUUAAACGAUUUAAAGACUUCCAAAGACCGAAAAAUCAUAGCUGCGAAACACAAAGUUAGCUUAAGCACUAUAUCGCGCAUUCAAAUCGAAGAGAGCAAAAUCCGCGCCAUAACAAAUCCAAAUAGGAAACGGGAUAGGAAAGGCGCACACGUGAAUUUGGAUAGAACCUUGUUGUCCUGGUUUACCCAAAUCCGAUCCCAAAAUGGAAUUGUUACCGGACCUGUCUUGCUUUCCAAAGCACAGGAAUUUGUCUUAAAAUUAAACGAAAGAUAUGUGCCAGACCGUAGUUGGUUGCAGCGUUGGUGCCAGCGAAAUGCUCUUAACUUUUCCAAGAUUUACGGAGAAGCUUGCGAAAAUAACGCAACAAGUGCAGAAGUCUUCACUAUUAACCGUUUGCCUCAUAUUCUUGAAAAAUUUUCGCCGGAUUGUAUAUUUAAUGCCGAUGAAACCGGGCUGUACUACAAGGCGUUGCCAAAUGGAAGUUACAAAGGCAAGUAUGAGAAUCCAAAGGGAUUCAAAACUCAAAAGCAACGCCAAUAAGUGCUUGGAUGGCGAGUGUUAUUUGGGAAAAGAUUCUAAUAAAUCUCCAUCAAAAUCUUAUCUUAUUAUGUUUGAUUGUUGAUAAUGCUCCUUGCCACAAUACAGAUGAGAAAUUCUCAAGCAUUACGAUUGAGUUUUUGCCACCAAAUACAACUGCCCUUAUUCAGCCACUUGAUCAAGGUAUCAUCCACUCAUUUAAAAUAGAAUAUCGCCAAAUCCUAAUAAAAAAACAAAUUUGUGCGUUGGAGAAGGGCCUAUCUAUAGUUGAAUUGCUGAAAUCGCUCACUAUUUUGGAUGGUAUCAAAUAUGCAAAUCGUGCUUGGAACAUUGUUAAGCAGCAAACAAUUAGGAAUUGUUUCAAAAAGGCAUUGACAACAUUGAAUUCAUUACAGAUGAGAUUGCAGCCACUGAAGGCGAAAACUAUGAAUGGUGCACACUUGGAAACGAAUACAUUCAAUGCGACAAUGAACUUGUCUGCUUUGGAACCAUGUCGGACGAGGAUAUUGUUGCGGACGUAUUGGCAGUCAAUGAAAAUUCUAUUGAAGAUGAGGAAGGGUUCGCGCAAUCUGAUACUUGUAUUAAACACCCCUCAACGAAAAAUGCCUUGCUAAGCUUAGAUUCGCUGCGUGACUAUUUUUUCCAUAACAAUCUACAUAGGUAUAUGUACCCCUUAGAGGGUUUUGAAGACAUUGAAAAUUUAAUCCUAGAGAUUUCUGAAAAACAGAAAUGCCAGAAGAAAAUAACAGAUUUUUUUUAAGUACCUUUUGAAAAUUUUCAAAUUACAUGAAUUGA